AUGUAUGAAGAAAUCUUUCAGUAUCUUGCUCGAGAGGAUCCAUUGGCCAUAUGUCGGAGGGAUACCUGCCCAAUCCCCAAGGGGCGGAAAGUACUGCAUGGGUUGGCAAAACCACUUCGAUCUAUUAGAUGUAACGGCUUCUUGGUUGGCACAUUGAAGCCACAGAACUGUGUGGUUGCCAAAAUUAAUGGCCAGGUACAGUAUGGGAUGGUGAAGCAGAUAUACGCAUUGGAGGACCACAGGGACCAGGGACGAGAAUUAAUUGUAUUGUCCCCAAUUACCAACUUGUUCCCCAAGAAGUUCAAGGUUCCAACUAGUCGAUUCAGAUACUAUCUCUAUCUUUUCAAAACAGUGGUUGGUCGAGUUGACCACUCAAAGGCGCUUGUAAUUUCUCAAUCAGAUGUGGUCUCUUUGGCUGCAUAUCGUUAUCUGCCACCAAAGGUUUUUGGAAUUCAACAGGACGGAAUCACUCUUGUACCACAUGGUCAUGUGGCUCUGCUUGACAUCUCCGACAAUCCCUAA